AUGUUUGAAACCUAUCAGACGACUCUGAUGAGAGAUCCAGAUUCCAUGCUCGCCAUCCGUUUCAGUGGACGCCAUGAUCCUGUUACAGUUGACGGAGCUCAUUUCUUUGAUAGAGAUCCCAAGUAUUUCGAUUGCAUUCUGAAUUAUCUCAGAGAUGGAAAUAUAGCAGCAGAAACUCUACCAAAAAAUACAGCUGAGCUGCAUAAAAUUCGUAAGGAGGCGGACUACUAUCAGUUGUCGGGUUUGCAAGAAGAAGUCGAAAAAAUAAUUCAACAGAGUAACAGCAAUACAGAAGAAAAGGCCAAAACAAGCCUAGGAAUGGGAAAAUCCACAUUGACUAAAACAAUGAAGGAAAUAGCAAAGGACGUUUAUCGAUCAUAUAAUACAGAAGAGAUGGAAUUUUAUGAAGAGAAAGUGAAAAGUAACAAGGAGGUUCAGGCGCGGAUCCAGGAAUUGAAGUUAGAGAGGGCGCCAAAAGGAGGCAAGGGGUCUGGAGGCCCAUGUGGGUCCUGGGCAAAGCCCCCGAAAGCUCCUGGAUUUUAG